AAUAUGGAAGAGCUUCUUAGAAAUUUCACGAUGACAAUAGUUGCCGGUAGUUAUCUUAUCGAUGCCGUACCGAUACGACAGAAAAAAGUCCAGUUUCUCCAUCAGCAUUGUUCAAGCGCUUAAUUUACAUGGCACCACAGAUUCUGGCAUAUGGAAAAAAUUUGAAUUCUUUCUAUACCAAACAAAAUUUUAAAAAUGGCGCUCCACUGGCUGUUGACCUUUUUUCUAGCAGUGGUGCUGCUACGCAUUUCGGAAUCAGAAGCUAAGGUUUCGUGCCAGUUUAACACCAACUAUUGCGGAUGGACUCGUCCGGAUGGGGCAUGGGAAAUCCGAGACUCCAUCAACGGCUACCGCACGGUCUAUAAUGCAGCAGAAAAUUUUGCCGGUGCCAGUGGAAUCGCCCGCACUCCGACGCGAGACAGCUACGGUUUAAACGGGCAUCAUUUGCUGUCAGAGCCCAUCUCCCUGAACACCACAACCAAAUUGUCAUUCUGGAUAUUUUUAAGCGAAAUGGGGUACAUUAGCCAAAAUCACUACCGGUAUUUACCUAAUGCCCACAUGUAUAUUCAAUCAGCCAGUGGUAACUGGGAAGAAAUUUGGGCGCUAACGAAUAACGGCCGUUACGAAACUAGCCAGCACGUGACGUUAACUCUGGAGCCCAUGGAAUAUUUCCGGUUAAGGCUCAAGAUUGUUGCCGCUUGGCAUCAGUCGGGUGUGAUGGCCAUGACCCUACACAAAGAAGGAGAGAGCGAUGGCUUCCUUUCUUGUACGUUUCGAUCAGGUACCUGUGGAUGGAUUAAUGCCGGUGAUGGGCCAAUGUGGGUGACGGGAUGCAACGACGCUAGCUCCCUGUACAGGGCUCCCGAUAUCUCUGCUGACAACCUUUGCCUCAUAGCUCGGAAUGCCAACAGCACAGAAACCAUCACAGCUGCGUUGCAGUCGCCGAUGUUGCUGCACGCCGAAGUGUCGCGGUUUGCCUUUUAUUUCCGUUGCGGUAUUAAUGCGGAAUUAGUGUUCGUUAUCGGUGCCAAGCAAGAGAGCGUCAAAAUCUGGCGACGCGAUUCCUGGGAGCAUGCUUUUAUCGAGGUUGAUGCGUUAGACAAUGUCCAGUUCAAAAUUGUUGCUACUUUGCCUUACGGUUCCUACUGCGCCAUCGACGAGGUCACCUGGAGUGCGGAUAACGGAGGUUACACACUACUGCCACACCAAACGAGCAUCGCAACAUCUAAAACGCCCACAACGGAGAUCCCAGAAGUAACCUCAACGUUCUCCGGGAGUACUGAAACAACUAUCACUGUCCGCUGCCAGCGAGGCAACCUGACCUUUUCCGAAAUGAAUUUCGAUAUGUCGGAGGCGAUGCGCACUGAACUGCACUGUGACAACACCUUGAAAUGUCGCCGCAUCCUCAGCCAGGCGCACCAGUGGAUCUUGGAUCAUCCGCAUCAAGCACGUGCCGAGACCUCUGUGGAUAUAAUUAGCGUGGUGUGUGACGCGCAAAACGGCUUAUCCGUUUCCAGUUCUAAUCCGGAAGAGAGCGAAGCAUCGAGCUUAGUGUUUAUAACUGCCGUCAACUUAUCCUGUCGGUCAAUUUUCGUCGACUUCCUGAAAGCUCUGGCGGCACUAGGUCCAAGCAGUUUAUAAAGGACAUUGGCAGUAAUACUAACACAAGUUGCUUAAAUAAAGUAAACCGUGUCUUAUUUACAAAGGCAAUGACUUACGGAUUUGGUGAGUUAGCACAGCUGCACAGGUACAGUAUGUUUAGCAAACUUUGUUUUAUGACUGUGAUGAUCUUCGAUUUCGGAAUAAGAUUGUAACAUUUAUUGGAGAUAGUAUCACAACAAGAAAAA